UCUACGGCUACGCGGUUGGGAGUUGUCAUGGCGUCUGAAUCAUUGGUCCGGAUGUGAACUCGUUAGUAAUUUUGUGCCUCAAAAAGCCGCAAUGGCUCGCUCUCUGCAAGUUUCUCAGCAGAGAAUAGCUGAAAAGCUAACCAUAUUAAAUGAUCGUGGCAUUGGAAUGCUCACGAGAAUAUAUAACAUCAAGAAGGCAUGUGGAGACGCAAAGUCCAAGCCGUCUUUUCUUUCGGACAAAAGUCUGGAGUCUGCAAUCAAGCAUGUCGUCCGGCGCUUUCCCAACAUAGAUAUCCGGGGAAACAGCGCACAACUAACGGCGGUUUACAGUAUAAGACAGGAUAUUAUGAAGUCUUUGUCGUUAUACUACUACACGUUUGUUGACCUCCUCGACUUUAGAGACCAUGUCAACGAACUCCUUACUACGAUGGAUUCAUUCCAACUUCACCUUGACAUUGCCCUAAACUUCGACAUAGCAAAAGGGUACCUCGACUUGGUAGUGUCGUACGUCACGUUGAUGAUCCUGCUGUCACGCGUCGAAGACCGCAAGGCCGUCCUCGGCCUCUUCAACACCGCGCACGAGAUGACGCACGGCCACAGUGACAACAGCUUUCCGCGCCUGGGUCACAUGAUCAUUGAGUACGAUCCGCCGCUGAAGAAGCUGUCGGACGAGUUUGUGCCGCAUUCUAAGAUGCUGUUCCAGGUGCUGAUGUCACUGCAGCAAGUUUUCCCACGGAGGAACCUCACCGCGGAUGACUGGCGCAAGAGUCAGAUGCUGAGUCUUCUGGUGGCUCCUGCGCAGAUGCUGACACCAGCACAGACUGAAACGAUGCCGUGCGAAUACCUGUCUCUGGAAACCAUGGAACGUUGGAUCAUAUUCGGUUUCCUGCUCAUUCAUCCAUACCUGCAACAGCCACCGGCUCAAGCUCUGUUUCAAGGGGCGCUGUCCAACGGUUGGGCCGUGACGCUAUUCCGAGAUGAAGUCUUGCAGGUUCACGCGUAUGCCCAGCAGUUCUUCGAAAGCCUCAAGGGACACGGAAAGAGGGCUUCUGAAGUGAAGGAAGCCUUCAGCGCAGCCCUCCAGACGGCUCCACUGGUGCAUCGGGAGCGAAGGAAAUUCCUCCGAUCUGCGCUGAAGGAGCUCGCCUUGGUGUUGGCGGAACAGCCCGGUCUUUUAGGACCCAAGGCCCUCUAUGUCUUCAUGGGCCUGUCCUUGGCUCGUGACGAAGUUUGCUGGUUGAUCCGACACUGCGAGAACCCUCCAACACGUACUCCGGCACGGUCGCGGAGCCUUCAGGGAGAAGACCUGAUUGACCGCCAGCUCCCCGAACUGCUCUUCCACAUGGAAGAGCUCCGCGGGCUGGUCCGGCGCUAUGCUCAGAUCUUCCAACUGUACUACGUGCAAUACCUGGCGGGCUUUGAUGCUCCGGCCCUGAACCUUCUGCUUCAGCAACUGUCUGGCAUUCCCGAGGAAGACGCUGCUCUCCUUUCCACGGCGUGUGCGACCAUCGGAGCUUUGGGACCACGACAGGUCGAAGAGAAGCAGACCCUUGACCUGCGCGGCCUGCGCCUCGACUGGUUUCGACUGCAGCUGCACGCUAGUGCUCAGCGCUAUCCGCUCAGCCUGCGAGAACAUCCCGAGCUCGCUGUUCUCAUGAACACGUUAGUGUUUCACACCAAGAUGGUGGACUACCUAGACAGGGUAGUCGUCGAUACUUCGGACCUUUCCAUUUUCUGUUUCUUCAGUCGUAUCUUCGAAGACCAGUUCCACCUGUGCUUGGAGUUCCCAGCGCAGACGCGAUACAUCAUAGCGUUUCCCCUUAUCUGUUCCCACUUCAUGAAUUGCACGCACGAGCUUUGUCCAGAAGAACUUUGUCCGCAGCGCCACCAUAUCGGAGACCGGAGCCUGACCCUGGUCAACGCCUUCCUCGACGAGAUGUCGAAAGAGGCGAAGAACAUCAUCACGACCAUCUGCGACGAGCAGUGCAUGCUCAGCGACCGACUGCUUCCCAAACACGUGGCUCCGCAGAUAGCCCAUGUGGUGAACAAGAAGAAGCGGGACAAGAAGCCCCGACCCCCUCCCAGCGAACGGGAUCGCCCGGGAGCAGAGAGUUACCGGAGGACGCGGGAGGAGUUGUUCACGAUGGACAAACUGCACAUGGCUCUGACAGAGCUGUGCUUUGCGAUCAACUACUGCAGCACGAUCCACGUCUGGGAGCACACGUUUGCGCCCAGAGAGUACCUGUCGCAACACCUGGAGAACCGCUUCAACAAGGCACUGGUGGGCAUGGUGAUGUACAACCCGGACAACAACGAAAUUGCCAAGCCUUCCGAGCUGCUGUCGAGUGUUCAGGCGUACAUGAGCGUGCUCCAGAGCAUCGAGAAUUACGUGAACCUCGACAUCACGCGGGUUUUCAACAACGUUCUGUUGCAACAGACGCAGGCACAGGACAGUCACGGCGACAAAACUAUCGCUACGCUUUACACCAACUGGUACCUGGAAGUUCUGCUACGAAAGGUGACAGCGGGGCAGAUCUGCUACUCGCCCUUCCAGAGUGCCUUUGUCAACCUUCUCAACGACGGGCAGGUGCCGUUUACCGCGGAGGAGUUCUCCGAUGUCAACGAGCUGCGAUCGCUAGCCGAACUGAUUGGUCCUUACGGAAUGAAGUUUCUGAACGAGAGCUUGAUGUGGCACAUUGCGAGCCAGGUUAACGAACUCAAGAAAAUUGUCGUACAAAAUCGAGACAUCCUCAUGGAACUACGAUCGAACUACGACAAGCCCGAGCAAAUGAAGGAGCUCUUCCGAAAGUUGCAACAUGUAGACAGCGUGUUGCAGAGGAUGACCAUCAUUGGUGUGAUCCUGUGUUUCCGAGCUCUGGCGCAAGAAGCAUUGAGAGAUGUCUUAUCUAUGAGAAUUCCAUUCCUGUUGAGUUCUGUCGUGGACUUCAAGCAUCACAUUUCAAAUGGAGACUCAAUCCUCGAAAACGUUCGAGAGCAGAUUGUGAGCGAGAUGGCGUCAGCAGCGGGAAUUCUCUGCAAGGUAGACCCUGCAUUGGUUGGAGCGCUCAGAUCACAAAAGAAUGAUUUGGGAGAGGACGAGUAUCAGAUAGCUUGCCUGCUGAUGGUGUUCAUUGCUGUGUCACUCCCCAAGCUCGCCAGAAGCGAGGGUUCCGUCUACAAGGCGAGCAUGGAAGCCCACAGCAACAACAUCCACUGCCUCGCGCAAGCCAUCAAUGGUUUGGCAGGAUCCCUCUUCACCCUUUGUGGGCAGGGAGACAUCGAGGACCGUCUCAAGGAGUUCCUAGCGCUGGCCUCCUCCAGUCUCCUGAGGCUGGGUCAGGAAGCGGAGCGGGAGACGGCGAGGGAGUCGGUCUUCCUCUUGCUCCACUUCAUCGUCGAAGAGUCGCCGUUCCUCACGAUGGACCUGCUGGAGUCGUGCUUCCCGUACGCGCUGCUCCGCAACGCCGCUCACGCUGUGUACAAGGUUGAAGCUUGAUUUUCGAAUAGCUGUACUGUAUCUCUCGCGCGGAGCGUCGCCGGGCGUCGAGGAAGCUUCGCGGAGCUCCGCCGAUCAUCGUUGGCGCGGUUGAGAAAGUUUGCGGACGAACCUUACGUGCAUUACGCAUCUUCGAACCGCAGCGCGAAUAGACCCUUGUGUUUUUUUAGGGGGAGGGGGGUUUCAUAUUUUUGUGAAAUUUGGGAGCUGCAAACUCUGGCGAUGUAAGCGCGGUAAAGCGGAUUUUUUAAAUUGAAAAUUGAAAUCGAAACCGGUUUCUCACAUUUUAGGUGGACAAUAAGAUGCCAAGCGGCAAUGGUGAAUGUGCAGUGCAUAGUGCCUGUAUUGGUGGCUGAAUUUGUAUUUUACAAAGUUAAUUUUCUGUUUGGCUUGUUUUGUCCACAGUGAUGCUAAUGGAAACUGGGGACAAAAUGAGUUAUACCGUAUUUAACCCAGUAACACAGGGCUGUAAGCAUCAGGACCCUGAAAAGGCACAAUGUAACAUCACCCUGAAGGUGCAAUGCACUUUUGUUGCGGGUGUCACGGACCUUCGCUGCACAUCAUAGAACGUUGUUGUGGUGUUUUGGAGCUCCAUGCUGCAUUCUGGGAUGUCAGGCCAUUUCACUUGCCAGAUUAGCAUAGUUAACUUGUCAUUUUAGUUAGAUAUUACUUCUUUUGAUAGCCUAUUUGAUUGGUUGGAACUAUAGAGGUAAAGUGAGGUGAUCAAUGCCAUGUUUAAUUGUAAAUAGACAAUUUUUUUCUCCUAUAAUUUAUGAAUGAUGCAGGCAGCCAGCAGACAUGUUCACAUGUUGGAUAAGUUCUAGCAUUUUAUAUAUAUAUAACCUAAAUUAAAAAAGGUCAAUAAACAAAUUGCACUUUGUA